GCCAUUGUUUGUUGCAGUCCGAGUGUGGCCAGCACUGCUUUCGCACACGCCAGCUCUUCUUCUUCUUCUUCCCUUAAUUGUACCUCCAAGAAGUCUUUUCUGCUUGGCCAGGUCGUUUCUUCACAAUGUGUUCGCGGGGGAUCGUAGUGGGUGGCGAUCAGUCCUCAGGGUCCGAGGACGACCACCCGACCAAAAACAAGAACCCUGGCUAUCUUUUGGUGGUCUCUUCAUUUGUCGACACCGACGUUCCUGCAGCUUGUGAAAGCCCAAACGCGUUCAACAGCCCUACGGCUUUUGGCAUUCCUCGGGUCCUAGGCGAGGCUGGUGACUCGAUCUCGCGCUCACAGGACCUCCCUAAUGAACUGUCUGCGCCGUAUGAGGUGCCCCAGUUCCCUAUUGAACAGCUUGAAACAAAAUUACUUAUCCAGCGUCAACUCUCAAGAGUUGCCCGUGACUUGGAGGACCGCAGAAGUCAGUACGAACCUUCGGUUGGAGUCGUCCCUGACGAUGGUGAUCACGCCUUCAAGCUGGACGAACAUGACUUUGUGCCCCAUUUCCAGAGGGUUUCGAUCAGCGGCGAAGAUACAAGUGGCGUGCCACUGGAAGAUUUGCACCACGCAUCGCUGUUGCUGGUGCAGGCACUGCGCAUCAGAGAGCGUUACAUAGCAAUCUCGAACCAGAGCUUUCCAACAAUAACUUCUCGGUUCCUUCGGUCCAUGGACGGAAGCACCUCCAACCCGCCAACACAUCAUGACUACAGUCAAGAUAUCAUUACGCACGAUGACAGAAAAACCAUUGCAGAACAACCAGUGCACGCACCCUCUCAAAUUGACCCGUGGGAACUUGAAUAUCCCGAGGACAAGAAUUAUGUGAUCCAACCACUCCGUGGUGUUUUUCAUGUCUACGAUGACGAGGCAAAUGCAGCAAGUGGAAAUGCUCGCAACUACCCUUAUUAUGAUUUGGCAAACUUUGUUAGUGACAUGAAUAUGUUGUGCGCUAUGAUUGCUGAUGGACCAUUGAAAUCCUUUUGCUACCGCAGGUUGACGUACUUAUCUUCGAAAUAUCAACUGCAUGUGCUUCUCAAUGAGCUAAGGGAGCUGGCAGCUCAAAAAGCCGUUCCUCACAGAGACUUUUACAACAUCAGAAAAGUGGACACCCAUAUCCACGCAGCCUCUUGUAUGAACCAGAAGCACCUGUUGCGCUUCAUUAAGAAAACCUUGAAAAAUCAUGCUGACGAAGUCGUCACCAUCACUCGUGCGGGGGAGAAAAUGACUCUGGAGGAGGUGUUUCAAUCCAUGAACCUCACCCCCUUCGAUUUGACUGUGGACAUGCUCGAUGUCCAUGCUGACCGCAACACCUUCCACCGUUUUGACAAGUUCAAUGCAAAAUACAACCCUAUUGGUGAAAGUAGACUGAGAGAAGUUUUCCUAAAAACCGACAAUUAUCUGAAUGGCACAUAUUUUGCCAGGAUUAUUAAGGAGGUUGCAUCGGACCUGGAGGAAAGCAAAUACCAAAACUCUGAGUUACGUCUCUCUAUUUACGGCAAAAGCCCUGACGAGUGGGAAAAACUGGCCAAGUGGGCCGUUUUGAACGACGUUUAUUCCGACAAUGUUCGCUGGCUCAUUCAAGUGCCAAGACUUUAUGACAUUUUCAAGUCAAACAAAAUCAUCAACAAUUUCCAACAAGUCCUGAGCAAUAUCUUCCUUCCCUUGUUUGAGGCAACAAACAACCCUUCAAAACACCCUUAUAUUCACAAAUUCUUGCAAUACGUCAUUGGACUUGACUCUGUGGAUGACGAGAGUAAGCCAGAAAACCCCUUGUUCGACAAAGAAGUAAACACGCCUGAAAAAUGGUCGGACGAUGAGAAUCCUCCCUAUGCUUAUUAUCAGUACUACAUGUGGGCAAAUUUAGCUGUGCUGAACAAUUUCAGAAGAGAGAGGGGUUUAAAUACUUUUGUGCUACGACCUCACUGCGGAGAAGCAGGGCCUAUUCAGCACCUUGUGUGCGGAUUCAUGAUGGCUGAAAAUAUUUCUCACGGCCUUUUGUUGAGAAAAGUUCCAGUGCUGCAAUAUCUCUACUACUUGGCUCAGAUUGGAAUUGCCAUGUCUCCACUUAGCAACAAUUCACUUUUCCUCAACUACCAUCGCAACCCGUUGCCCGAAUACUUGGCAAGAGGUUUAUGUGUCAGUCUCUCUACAGACGAUCCUCUCCAAUUUCAUUUUACGAAAGAACCUUUAAUGGAGGAGUACAGUAUUGCAGCCCAAGUGUGGAAACUAAGCAGCUGUGACAUGUGUGAAUUGGCCAGAAAUAGCGUUGUCAUGAGCGGAUUCCCUCACAGGGUGAAGCAGUUUUGGCUUGGCCCUAACUAUACCAAGGAAGGUGUAGCUGGAAACGACAUCACACGCACCAAUGUUCCCGACAUAAGGGUGGCCUAUCGCAAUGAGACUCUUAUUGAAGAGCUGUCCAACAUCUUCAAGGUGCACGUAAUCUGAGGGUGUCAUGCCUCGGUCCAAACUCCUGCUCCUCUCUAUUUCAUAAGCGAUUGCAGGAUCUAGAUGUCACACGCGGAGGGCUCAAAUAAAAGCGUAGUUCUAUCGUGAUCGGUUCUGUCCAUUGAAAUAAGUUAAGUCACUGGUAACUGUGUGGCAGUCGUUGCUACCAAGGAAUCAAAGACGUAAUAAUGGUAAAUAGGGAAAAUGAUUCAAAAGAUUAUAUGGCGCCUUGAAAAUUAAACAAAUUUCCUACAUUUUUUAAAAAUUUCUUUAUAGUAGUAAAUUUUUUAUUUGAAAAAAAACCCAGCACAAAUCUUACUUUUUAUCUUUAAGUAUUUUCGAUAAUUUUUGUUUCUUGCGUUCUUGAUUGCUAUGGCACCAACGACAAAAUAACGGUGACAUAAAAUCUCAUAUACGAGUCUGAGAGAAACCGAUCGAGCUUGGUAGUAACACUGCAUUUUUAUGAGGACCGUCUCAUAAAUAUUCUGAUGUGACAUGUCUAGAUAAAAAAAAAAUGAUUGCCAAAAUUUAUUUCGACAUCAAACCCUUAUAGUUUUUAAAUAGUGAUGUAGCUUUUGUGAUGUAGGGAUCGUGCAGAAUUUUAACUCCCAAAAUUAUUGUGAUCAAUCAAAACAAGCUAAAACAGCAUAACAUUUACAAGGAAUAUUUUAUGAGGGUUUAUUAGAAUCAAAAUUCGCUUAGAGUUAAAAUUGCAAAUGAUAUGUGAAGUAAAAUGUGAUAUAAAAUCCACGUGAUCACUCACUUAACGAUCGUAUUAUCUCCACGUCAAUAUUUUUAUUAUUUGGUGACAGAAGCCCAUGUUCAUAAGUACUAUUUUUCAAUAUUUUUUUCAAGUUGCUUUUUAUAUUUUUCAACCUGUAUUCCAUUUUUAAAUUUUCGUACCAUUUUUAUAGAUUAUUAGGCUAAUGAUGCAGUUUUUUUUU